AUGGUUUAAAGAGGAAAAUGAGCAGCUGCUGCCCUUGCAACUAAGUGAUCGAAUAUCGAUUGUGUCGGCGGGACUUUUAAAGAUAAGUAAGGCACGUCUUGAUGAUACCGGCAAAUAUUUGUGUUGGGUAAACAAUACCGCUGGAGAAGAAACAAUACAAGUUUCGUUAACCGUUACAGCACCGCUGACAGCCCAUCUACAGCCUCAAGUACAAACGGUAGAUGUCGAUAAGGAUGCACAAUUUCAAUGCAUUGUGACUGGACAUCCGGUGCAUGAUGUUAAUUGGUUGCACGAUGGUAAACCAAUACUACGCGAUAACCGAGUCGAGAUUCUUUCAGAUCCGCCACGUCUCAUUAUCAAGAAAGUACAAAAAGAUGAUCCGGGCAUGUAUCAAUGUUUUGUGUCCAAUGAAUGGGAACAAAUACAGUCGACCGCUGAAUUACAGUUAGGAGAUGCCUCACCCGAGCUGCUGUAUUGGUUUUCGGAACAGACACUACAACCGGGUCCAACUGUAUCAUUAAAAUGUGUAGCAACUGGAAAUCCUUUGCCACAAUUUACAUGGACUUUGGAUGGUUUUCCGAUACCAGAUCAUUCGCGAUUUCUAGUUGGUCAAUAUGUUACGAUACAUGACGAUGUCAUCAGCCAUGUGAAUAUAACAAAUGUCAAGGAAGAGGAUGGUGGCGAGUACACCUGUACGGCACAGAAUGCCAUUGGCAAAGUAUCCCACAGCGCAAAGGUGAAUAUCUAUGGACUGCCACACAUUCGUGAAAUGCCAAAAAUAACUGGAAUAUCUGGACAUGAUUUGAUUGUUAAAUGUCCUGUGGCUGGUUAUCCAAUUGAUCGAAUUCAUUGGGAAAGAGAUGGCCAAACAUUACCAAUUAAUCGCCGGCAGCGAGCCUAUAACAAUGGUACAUUAAUCAUAGAACAACUGCAACGAUUAGAGGAUGCUGGCACCUACACCUGCAUGGCGCAAAACAAACAAAAACAGACAUCCAGGCGGAAUGUGGAAAUUCAAGUUUUAGUGCCACCCAAAAUCAUGCCCAUACAAGCAAUGACAAAUAUGCUGAGAGAAGGUAUGAGAGCGGCAAUAUCCUGUCAAAUAUUGGAAGGCGAUUUACCCGUCAGUUUUCGAUGGGAACGCAAUGGAAAGCCGUUAAUUGGAACUGGCAAUGAGGUCAUUCGUCGCUUGGAUGAAUACUCUGCCAGUUUGGUUAUUGAACACAUAACAUCUGAACAUUCCGGCAAUUACACAUGCAUUGCCCAGAAUGUGGCUGGCACCGAACGUUUUACGGUACCGCUCACCGUCAACGUACCACCGAAAUGGGUAUUGGAGCCGAAAGAUUCCAGUGCACAAGCCGGCGAUGAUGUCCUACUGCAUUGUCAGUCAUCGGGUUACCCGAAACCAACAAUCACCUGGAAGAAAGCCAUUGGACCCACGCCUGGCGAAUAUAAAGAUUUCAUUUAUGAACCCUCCGUUCAAUCUUUCCCCAAUGGCACCAUUCUUUUCAAGAAGAUAACCAAAGAAUCUCAGGGACAUUUUCUGUGUGAGGCUAAAAAUUCAAUUGGUUCCGGUGUGAGCAAGGUUAUAUUUCUCAAAGUGAACGUUCCAGCUCAUUUUCAAACGAAAUCGAAGCAAAUCUCUGUUGCCAAAGGGAAACAAGUGCACAUACAGUGCAAUGUGCAGGGUGAUAAUCCCAUCGACAUUCAUUGGAAAUUACAAGCCACACAACAGACCAUAGACGAAUCAAUGGAUACCAGAUACACGAUACGUGAUCAGAUACUUGACGACGGAAUGGUAUCAGAAUUAGGAAUUACCCAUACAUAUCGUCAGGAUACCGGCAUUUAUGUGUGUCAUGCCACGAAUACCUUUGGAGAGGACGAAAUGACGAUACAAUUAAUUGUACAGGAAGUUCCAGAGCAACCUAAAAAUUUGCGCAUUAAUUCACAACAGUCACGAAGUCUCCAACUGACAUGGAGUCAACCAUUUGCUGGCAACAGUCCAAUCGAAGAAUAUCACAUCUUCUACAAACAAAUAUCGGAUAUUUGGCAAAAUGCCGAACAUAUCACCAUAACUGGCUCACAGACGGUUGUCAACAUUGCCAAUUUGAAACCGGCCAAAGCCUAUCACAUACGUAUGUCAGCAGAAAAUAAAUUGGGCUCCUCCGAGUUCUCCGAGGUAGUUCAGGUAACAACACUGGAGGAGGUGCCCUCAGCACCACCACUCAAUCUAAGGGCCGAGGCAAAAAGUUCAACCGAGAUUAGUGUCGCCUGGGAUGCACCGGAACGAGACCACUGGAAUGGCAUUUUGUUGGGCUACUAUGUGGGAUAUCAAAUGUCGUUGAUGCCCGAGGCGUUGGAAAUCAAUCCCACAAUGGGUUUUAGUUUCAAAACGGUUGAGGUGCGAUCCCACUAUGGCGGUGAGACAGUUUUAAGUAAUCUCAAUAAAUAUACGGAAUAUCAUAUAAUCGUACAAGCGUACACCAGCCAGGGCAGUGGUCCACCCACCAAGGAAGUAACAGUGCAGACACUGGAGGAUGUUCCCAGCUCACCACCGGAGAGUCCCCAAUGCGAUGUCUUGAGUUCGACAUCGAUUUAUGUAACAUGGUCACCGCCAGACAUUGAUGGCCAGAAUGGCAAAAUAAAAGGAUAUAAAAUAUUUUACAUAUCAUCCGAAGACUUAUAUGAAAAAGAUCCAGAGGUUGUGAAAUCCAAUAAUCAAUAUGCCACACUAGAAGGACUGAGUAAAUAUACCAACUAUUCUGUUUGGGUAUUGGCCUAUACAAAAGUUGGUGAUGGUGUUAAGACCAAGCCCUUCUAUUGUCGAACACACGAAGACGUCCCAUCCGCGCCGCAAUCCAUUAAAGCCAUACCAGCAUCAAGUACAAAAAUUAUUAUAUCCUGGUUGCCACCACAGUUUCCUAAUGGCGAUAUUAUCGGUUACACUUUUUACAUGUCCAUGUUGGAGGGCGGCCGCGAGGAGGGUACCCAUAAACGUAUCUUGGGACCCUAUGUUGAAAUGCACGAAACUCAACGCACCCAGGAAUCGGCCACCUAUCAGUUUUGGCUAACCGCCUCGACCAAAGUGGGCGAGGGUGAAAAGACAGAUGUGGUCACAGUGCCACCCAACAAUAAGGUACCUGCUCGUAUUGUCUCCUUUAGCCAACGUGUUGUUACCCCCUGGAAGGAGAAUUUGGAGUUGACGUGUCGUAAGGUGGGUUCUCCUGCCCCGGUCACCAUAUGGCGGCUCGAUGGCCAUAAUCUAGAGACAAAUGCACGAAAAACUAUUGCCAAAAAUGGCACACUUUACAUACGUGAAGUGCAGUCCACCGAUGCCGGCAACUAUACCUGCAGUGUGGAAAACACCUGGGGUAAGGAUGAAAUAGUUUACAGUGUUGUCGUGAAAGUACCACCGGAAGCACCAAAUUUGACAGUGAUUAGCGCCUACUCGGAUAGUUUACUAUUGGAGUGGUCCGAUAACAAUAACGGCGGUAGUCCUAUAUUGGGUUAUGUCAUCAACUAUAAGCGGGACAAUGGCGAUUGGGAAGAGUUGCAGGUGGAUGCCAAAUCCUAUUCGCAUUUGUUGAGUAACUUGUGGUGCGGCACGCGUUAUCAAUUGUACAUAACGGCAUUUAAUAAAAUCGGAACGGGACUACCGUGUGACAUAGUCAAUACCCAUACAAAGGGUAAUCCUCCUGUACAACCGAAACACUCCCAAAUGAUAACGAAUAAUUCGACAAGUGUUACGUGUUGGCUAGAUUCGUGGGGCGAUGGUGGUUGUGGUAUUUUAUAUUUUAUGAUUGAAUCUCGAAUUUAUGGAAGAACCACCUGGACCGUGGUAUCCAAUCAUAUACCCUCAACGGAACGCAUUUAUACGGUUAGUGAUUUACAACCCGGCACCAAAUAUCAACUUAAAGUUACAGCUCACAAUAAUGCCGGAUCCACAACAGCUUUAUACAAUUUUACAACGUUAUCUGCGCAAGGAAAUGGAUUCGUCUACAAUACCGAUUCAAAUGCCAUGCCCACCAUAACAGAGAGCCCAUUUUAUGCCAACUUUAAGGUGUUGCUACCAAUUUGCAUUUCACUUAUUAUGCUGCUUGGUUUAGUGGCAGCAGUCUUAAUAAUACGAAAAAGAAAAAUUAGCAAUCAAACUCGACUGGCCUCAUCGUCAAUGUCGGAAACACCCUCCCUCACACAAUUGCAAAAUAAACAAAAUCGUGAUCAACAAUAUUUAGCCGUACGCUGUAAUCCCAAUGUGGGUCCACCACGCACCUCCAACUCCAAUGAUUCCGGUAGUUUUGGCAAAGCCGAAGGCAACGAGUACAUUGAAGAUAUCUGCCCAUAUGCCACAUUCCAAUUGAAUAAACAACCGUACAGUGAGAGUUCGUACAGCGGCAAUGUGUACAGUGGUCCCUAUCAUUCGGUGAGGGGUUCAUUUGUAUAUCACGAUGUUAAACCCGAUAGUUAUCAUACCAAAGAACCUGAAUACACUAAGGUACGGCGAAAGGUUGGCCGCCUUCGAGAUCCACAUUCCGAGAGCCAAGAAUCGGAUAAUCCAGGCUCAACAGAUUCCGAAGUUAGGAAAAUCCUAACACUUCACAUACCAAUUACAGAAUAUGACACCCUUGGCUCUGAAUCGGAUAACGAUGUAUCAGCGAGAGCUAUGAACUCGGCCAAAUAUCGUCCGCCGCGAGAAACCCAAGAUGAAUCAUCGUCCUCGUCGGAUGCAACGCCAACCAGUCUCAGUCGAAAAUUAAAACCACCCUAUACAACACGUAAGGGUAAUAAAACCGGAACGACGGGUAAGCGGCAUAUUCGUUCAUCCAGUGGUUAUUCCAGUAAUCAUGAUGAGACGACAUUUAGCAUUGCCAACUUCCCACCCAACUAUCAAGAUCACAUAAAUCCACCUGCUCGAUUUUCCGAUGAGAAGUCCAGCAACAAAUCACAGACAUCUCCACGAGUACGCUCCAAUAGCAAACUGCAAAGGGAAACGUUUCAAAUAAAUGUUUAAUAGU